UUCAUGUGCACAAAUUGAACACUCUCGUGAAGAAAGGGAAACAAGGGACUUCUCAUCCCUCCUCCUCCUGUUGAGUGCUGAUAGACAAUAGGAAAGAUCAAACUGUGAUCGAGAAUAGAUCUGGUUCUAGAACUUUCCUCAAAGAACGACCGAAGCUGCAGCGAAAGUGAAGGAAAAGACAACGAAGGAAAAAAGGAAAAUAGAGAGGCUGUGGAAAGUGCUGGGUAGCCGUGCUUGCAUAAGUUUGUUAGUAUUGUUUAUCUUGUUUCUAUUGCUAAUUUUAUUUUAUGUUUAGCACAUUUUUUUGCGAAUAAAUGAUGUGUAAGGAACGGACGAACGGGUGAAAUCAGGUGAGAAAGAGAAGAGAAAACCGGCGAAUUAUCUCGAUGAAUUAGGCUCACAAACAAUCAAGUAAACUGACCAAGAAUAUAAACAAUAAAGUGAAAAUAAAUGAAACUCAAGAGGCAUCUCAUACAACCCAGCGCAGGUCCGAGACACAGAGAGAGAACGAGAUAAGAAGCCAAACGCAAUACAAGAAACAGGGACGAAAGACGAAGAGAGCAAGAAAAAGAAGACUCGAGGACAAUCCCUAACUCCUUCGCCAUCGAGGUCCUCCUCAGAAUCCUCCUUCCCACAACUUCCGGAAGAGAACCGUUCCUACGUCUGUCUCGCUCAGCAUGGGAACCCAGUCUCUUGGCGCUGACUCGUGACGGGAGAGAAAGGGAAAGAGAGAGAAGGAAGAGAGAAAGGCGAAGAAGAGGGAGGGAUAAACACCCGAAAAAAAAGGACAAGAAAGAGAGAAGAACUACAGAAAAAGGUGAAGAGAAAAGGGGAAAAGGAUGAACAGAGAGUGAAGGAGAGAGAACGAGAGAGAGAGAGAGAGAGAGAGGAGGUGAGAAGCGCGAAGUCGUGGGAAAAUUCUUGUGGACGGAUUUGUGAGGCGAGUGUAGCGUUGUUCGCAUGCCUUACCACCUGCUUUCACGAGCGGCAGACAGAGAUCAAAACCGGUAGAGAGGUAACCCUAAUUGCUGAUAAAAGAGAGGAAAACAGUGAGGUACAAGCCGAGAAAAUAGCGACUGAAAGCAAGUUGCACAAGUUGCACAUCUUGAUCAGAGUUUAAGGUUUUCACAGGGGACGAGAAAGCGUGAUGUAACGUUAGUAAAAAGACACAGAUAAACCGAUAUAAAAAUACGUAAACACAGAGAGAAAAUAAGACAAAGGACAAAACCACAUUAUAAAACGUAGAAAAUAGAGACAAAACGGUGCUCACAGAAAUCUUUCUCCCUAACCUACACACGAUAAGAAACCGAUAAAACAAGCCAAACAAACCAACAAAGAAAAGGAAGACAGAGAAAAGGAAAACGAGCCCAAACCCAAAUCAACCAAGAAGAGGAAGAAGAGAAAAGAAAGGAGGGGGCGAGGCACAGAAGGUUCCUCCAAGUAUAGACGCCGGUGGUGGUGGUGGCGGCCGCGGUGGUGACAGUCCAGAAAGUCGGGUUUUCUGAGCACAGGCAGGGAAAGUGGAACAGACACGCCUCCUCUCGUUAUGGCGGCAACGACCCUUACCAUGUCGCAGAGGGAUUCGAUGAGAGCGAUUCUGCUUUUGGCAACAGUGACGCUGCAAUUCACGGAGUGCAGCGGCAGCGUCUCCGUCGACAGGCUUCUGUGGUCUCUUCAGGAGAGGAUGCAGGGAGGGACCAACGCGCCCCAGUGGUCGGCCGCCCUCAAAAACUUCAAGACGUUCUCCUGUACCGCCCGGAGGGAUGGGGUGUAUCCGGACCUCGCCACGGAAUGCACGCUCUACUAUAGAUGCCUGGACGGCGCCGUAUACUCGUACUCGUGUCCUUCGGGAGAAGCUCUCGGCUACAAGAACGAGUCCUGCCGCCCCGCCGCUGAGGUCACGUGCCCACGCCUGCCGCCCAGCACGCCCCCUUGUGUCAACCAGACCAAUGGGUACUACCCUGACUAUACCCAGGCGUGUCGCGGGUAUUAUAGAUGCGACAACGGGAGCGAGAACGGCCGAUGGUUCUGCGAAAACUCCGGGCUCUGGGACGUGGCCACGGGCUCCUGCGGCUCGGGGUCCGGCCUCACGUGCACGCCGCCCUCCUGCUGGGGUCUCCCGGAUGGACCCCACCCGACGCCGGCCUCCUCCUGCAACGCCUACUUCACGUGCCAAGGGGGCGUUAGGACGGACCACGUGUGCCCGUAUGGGACUAUAUUCGACUACUCGCUCAAGCGGUGCGUUCCCAGCUCCUCCUCCGUGUGCUACGAGCAGGCGUGCGAGGGGCGCGUGAAUGGCUUCCACGCGGCACCCCACGCCUCCUGCCGCGCCUACUUCAGGUGCUUCAACGGCGCCUUGGUCGACCUGAAGGAGUGCCCUCGCCACCAGAUCUUCGACGGGCAGCGGUGCGUCUCGGCUACGAACUUCUCCUGCUGGGGCGAGGGGCGCGGGUCGUGCGAAGGGCGCGACGACGGACUCUUCGCCGCCUCCGACUGCCGCGGCUUCUUCCUGUGCCGCCACCAGCAGUUCAUCCGCGCCUUCCUGUGCUCGCGCGGCCUCGUGUUCAACGGGCGCGAGUGCGUGGAGGACACGAAUGCCCUGUGCACGUCCCCGGCGCCGCGCCCCGACUGCGCCAACAAGAUCGACGGCUAUUACACGGUGGAGAAGACCGGCUGCAGGACCUUCUUCUCCUGCCGGGGCGGCAGGAAGAUGAGCGAGCACACGUGCCCGGGCACCAACGUGUUCAACGGCGAGCAGUGCGUGGACCCCGUGCUGUACCCGUGCCCCGCGAGUCGGCCGCCGCUCGCGCCCCUGGCGGCCAACCUCACCAACCGGGUGGCGCGUUCCCUCGCCGGCGACCCCGACUGCGCCUCGCGCCCCAACGGCUACUACCUCGACGUGCCCUCCCGCUGCACGCGCUUCUUCUACUGCCACGAAGGCACCAAGGAAUUCGUCAGGUCCUGCCCUCCCGGCGAGAGGUUCAACGGCCUCCGGUGCGUGUCUCAGGCCUCCUACGAGUGCCCCGUGAUCGCUGGCGCCCCCGAGUGCCUUCUCCGAGGCGACGGCGUGUACCAGGACCUGGAGAGCGGCUGCAGCACCUACUACCAGUGCCUCUCAGGGGUCAAGAUCGACUUCAGGUGCCCCGAAGGACGCCUGCACAACGGGCGGGCGUGCGAACCGGCGGUGCAGGUGCACUGCCCCGCGGCGACGCUGUGCUCCCACCAGCGGCUCAACACGACGCUUGUCGACACGGACCGAGGGUGUCAGGGUUACUUCCGGUGCCAAGAAGACGUGCUGCUGUGGUACCGCGCGUGCGCCACGGGGCAGGUGUUCAACGGGAGGGAGUGCGUGCCCUACUUCUUCUACACGUGCCCGGCCCGCGUAAGCACCGUCUGCCUGGCCAAACCCGACGGCCUUUAUCAGGACCUCUCCACCAGGUGUCGCUCCUUCUACGAGUGUCGCGCAGGUGAACGAGUCUCGACGCGUACCUGUGGCGACGAGGAGGUGUUCAACGGCGACGUGUGUGUCUCGGCGGCCAGCUACGUGUGUCCGGUCGACGGGGCGAAGGAGUGCGGAGUCGGACGCAAGGGAUUCGUCCAGGAUAUCCAGUCGGGCUGCAGGAGGUACUACUACUGCUACGGCGGCAAGAGCUUCGCCCGCGAGUGCCCGGGAGAGCGAGUCUUCAACGGCCACACCUGCGUCCCGUCCUCGCAGUACAAGUGUCCUUCUGGGCCCAAAGGGGAGCGUCCUCCCUGCAGCGGCCCGGAUGGAUACUACCCGGACCUGCACACGUCCUGCAGGAGGUUCUACUACUGCCGGGGCGGCCACAGAAUUAAUUACACGUGCCCCGACGGCGAGGCGUUCAACGGCGUGCAGUGCGUGCCGGAGACGGCGUUCACGUGCUCGAGUCCCUCCUCGUGCCACGGGAAGAUCAACGGCUUCUACCAGGACGUGUUCAGCGGAUGCCGCAAAUAUUACUACUGCUACGGCGGGGUCAAGUACGCGCACACGUGCCCCGGAGAGCAGGUGCACAACGGCAGGACGUGCGUCCCGGCAUCCACGUACACCUGCCCGAGCCCCACAGACGACCGCGAUUGCGUCGGUAAGUUCUCGGGACUCUACCCGGAUCUGACUUCGCGCUGCCAAGUGUACUACAAGUGCCAGGGAGGCGUCAAGACGCAGACGCUGGCGUGCCCGCACAACCAGGUCUUCAACGGGUACAAAUGCGUCCCAUUCUACGAGUUCUCGUGCUCGUCUUUCGGGCUGGUCUCGCCCUCCUCUCCGGCCAGGCUGGAUCUCACUCCCGAUCAGAUGUUAGCAGAGAUCGGGGCUCCUGUAGCGAACGCUCCCCAGGGUUUGCUCGGGGCGUCGGAGCGCCCUCCUCCCUCGGCACAGCUCCCUUACGACGCUCCCUUACACCCAGAUCAAGCAGUCGAAAGCUCAGGUAUUGCGGUCACUCAGACUCCCGACACCCACGCAACCCCCUCGAGGUCCCUCUGCGAAGGCCUUCCUGAUGGGAGCUACACGGAUGUGAGUGCAGGCUGCGAGGAAUUCGUGGUCUGUCGGCAGGAGAACGACCUUCAGUCCCGGUGCCCCGAGGGCAGCCUCUUCAGCCCGAUCAGCGGCCGCUGCGAGAGGAGGGAUCUCAUCACGUGCCCGAAGCACAUAAACCCUUGCGAGGCCCUGCCCGACGGGGUCCACGGCGAAGUGGAGAGCGCCUGCCGUGUGUUCUUCACCUGCCGCGCCCGUCGUAUGCACUUGGUAUCUUCGUGUCCCGAGGGUAUGGCUUUUGAUCAGCGCAGCGGCGAGUGCCGCCCUGAGAGCCAAGGAGGAUGUCAAAGGCCGCUGGAGGUGAAGUCAAGCCAAGAAGAGAAGUUGAGGGCCGUCUCGUAGACGUCCCUCCCUUCCCCAGAGCCUCCUCUUGUACCAGAAAACUCUCUUCUGGUACUCGAUAGAUGUCCCAUCCUUUCCCUCAGGCGCUCAUCUCUUGCCAAGUCAAUGACGAUUCAUAUAAAUAUAUAUAUACAUAUAUAUUAUAAUUUCUUAACUAUCUUAUCAUCGAAGAGUUUGCUUCUACCGUUCGUAACGUAGGAUAGUUUGCCUGUGUGCUGGUUGUAGGCAUGGCGGCGCCCUCGGUCUGGCUGCUGAUUCCAGUCUUUCCUCGAACUCUCCCGGAAAAGGUCGCUCCUUUCGUGACUAACAUAUGUAUGGAUGAAUUAACUGUACCACUGAACACACUAAAGUAAAUAUAGGUUCCAUCUUCUAUACUAAGAAAAAAUCAAUUAAUUAAGAGAUUAAUUCGGCAAAACAAAUUUGGAAAAACGUAUCUAUCUGUGAUAGAUAUGAAUCCAAUUUGUUUUCACUGGGGACACGUACACGUCGCCGCACCUUUUGUGCUUUUACAUUAAAUCUAUACAACCUACAAAUUAGUAUUCCAAAAACACUAAAAACACUCUUCAUAAACAUACAAACUCCGUCCACGCAAUGUCACGCGAGACAGACCUUCGGGAAGACGACGAGAAGCAGGGGAAACAGUGUUGCCAAUCCAGAGACGCUACCAACGCCCCCAGCAGUAGACAGUAUGUUAGACCGUUUGUAUAGUACAAGCUACACAUGUAGGCAGUAUUUCUGCCCAAUUAGAGUCUAUAAAUCUAUAUUUGUAAUGGUAAUUACUACAUGUACUUUCUAUGAAAGACUGCUAUAGAUGUUUCAUGUUUACUAAUAAUGAUAUAGGUUAAUUUUAUUUUUCCAUUCACUGUAUAAACUACAUGAUUUUGUAAUGUUUUGGUUUCUGUUCUGUAUUGUCGUGGUCGCGUCAAAUAUUUAUUCAUUCCUCUUAUCAAA